AUGGCUCGCGUAACAUGGAACAGUGUUUCAGGCGUCCUGCUCUACCAGAUGUCAGUGAGAGCCAAUAACAAGUCGGGAUUUCCCCCGGUUCUUAAGAAUGUCACUGGUACCGCUAUGAAUAUCUCAAACCUGGAGCCAUGUACAACAUACACAAUAGGGCUUGCAUCCAUCAACAUGUUCCUGGAACCAGGAGAGUCCACCAACUUCACCUUCUUAACUUCCACCAUUUCAACAGUUUCCUCCAUCUCUGUGGAGUACAGCUGUCUUACUUCUACAGCAAUAGUCAGGUGGGAUGUGGUUUUUGGUGCCACAUUGUACCGUGCCGUCAUUACAGAUGGUCAAGGCCGGUCGUUCAACUGCACUUCCACGAACACCACCUGCCAGUUCUUGAUGCUGGUCUGUGGAGAACGAUACACUGUACGGAUUACAGCCAUUGCUAAUUGUGAAAGCACUUCUGAUGGCACCUACGUCUUUGAGACAGCACCCUGCCCACCCAAAGCCCCACGGCUGUACCGUGAAUGUUCCACUAAUGUCAUCUUGUUCUCGUGGGAUUCCACCAACAACACGGCUUAUUACUUCGCCAUAGCUGUGGACUCGGACCAACUGGUAACUGAAUGCCUCACUGUGGACACCUCCUGUUAUUUCACCGACACCGUCUGUGGUAAGACCUACAGCUUCUAUGUCAGAUCCAUCUACUCUGGAGGACUAGACUGCAACACUGGAUACACAGACGGUGUGGUGAUCAAAACGGCCCCAUGUUUACCGCAGAACAUUUACACAAUAGCAAACUGUGAUAGCAUCAGCAGUGCCGUCAUUACUUGGCAUGAGGCCGCAGGAGCCAAGACCUACAUUGUGGAGGCCCGAGGUAAUCGUAAAGAUUUCUACAACUGUUCGUCUGCAAACACAAGCUGCACGCUAACAGAUCUGGAAUGCGGAGAGAGCCUGAGUGUGUGGAUUGUUGCCACAAAUGAUGACUGUACUACUGAUCCUGUGCUGGGAGAGGUGGCAGAGACAGUUCCGUGCAUACCUCAGAAUGUGUCCGCUGUGAAGACUUGUAGUUCAGAAUCUGCCUCUCUCUCAUGGAACAAUGCCAACGGUGCCAUCUUGUACAUUGGAACGGCAACGCACAUAGAUGGUACAGUUCACACCUGCGCUGCCAUGGCGCCAGAGUGCACAUUCCCAAACUUGCGAUGUGGCGAGACAUAUGAUGUGAAAGUCAAAGCAACUAACCUGCAAUGCAACAGUUCUGAGAGUCAACAUGUCACCCUGCAGACGGCUCCAUGUGCUCCAUUCAGUGUGGGGGUCACUAGAGACUGUGCAGCGAAUCACGUGAUAGCAAGCUGGCAGGCCCUUCAGGAUGGCAGUCUGUACACGGCAGUACUGCAGGAUGAACAUGGACCCACAGUUAACUGCAGCACCAGCUCUAACAACUGCACAUUCACAGACCUGCUCUGUGGAAUGACCUACAAUGUCACAGUCACAAGGAAUGAUGGUCAAUGCAGGAGUCUGCCAUCCACAUCCAUUCAGAUACAGUCAGGUAACAGUCAUGUGAGCAUGCAUGCAUGUUUACACAGUAAUAACAGAUCUUUGAAACCAACUAUGUAUCUCCUUUAGCUCCCUGUGACCCUCAAAACAUCACAACUGUGCUCCAGUGUCACACCAACACAGCCAACGUGACAUGGGCUGCCAGCGCAGGAGCUAAUGGGUACACAGCAAUUGCAACAGACAGGCAGCAGCAACGUUUAGCUUCUUGUCACUCUAUGGGAACUUCCUGUCAGCUGACCUCUCUGCCGUGUGGGAUGAGACUAAAUGUGACUGUCCAAGCUGAUGGCACCACCUGCAACAGCAGCUCUCAACCUAAAGCUGUAGUGGAAACAGCUCCCUGCAUUCCCACCAGUGUUGCUGCCGCUCUAAACUGUACAUCCAACAUUGCUUCCAUCACCUGGUACAGUGCACUUGGUGCCACUUGGUACUUGGUAAAGGCGGAAAGCAGCCAAGGGUACAAGACAUCCUGCAACAACACUGUCACACACUGUGAUAUCCCAAACCUGCAGUGUGGCCAGGAAUAUUCCAUCACAGUCAUGGGCAUGAAUGGUGUCUGCAUGGGCCCGGCUAGCCAGCCUGUCACUCUCGUCUCAGCACCGUGCCACAACACUGGCAUUCAAGCCAGUCUGGACUGCCGCACCAACUCAGCACUCAUUUCUUGGACACCAGGCAACGGUUCAUUAAGUUUUAAUGCAACACUACAGUCGCUCCAGGACCCCCAAAAGCACAACUGCUUCACCAAUGGCUCCUCCUGCAACAUUGGCUCACUGUCGUGUGGUCAGCACUAUAACAUCUGUGUUACAGGAUACGGCCAGACCUGUUCAACCUCUUCUAAAGCCUUGGUCACUCUAG